UUCGUUUCACCGUGUUCUUCAGCUCUGUCCAGGUUCCCGCGCCAUGCGACAUCGAGCAUGACAACAAAGAAACGGAUGAAUGGCGGAACCAGUGCUCGUGCUUUACAAUACUGCGAACUUUCAACCCCAAAAAUGUCCAGACAACUAUCAUUAGAAUUGAAUAAAGGCCCAAUACUGAACAAUGCCGCACAGCGACCCUGGCCCAUUCUUAGAUAGGUGUGGUCUUGUGGGAUUUCCUGUGCCAUACUGAAAGCACUGAAAGAAAAGAGCGUAUUGAAUGACCUUAUAAACGCGCUUCGCUGCAGGUCGGCAUUUAGAGCCAUAUCCAAAACCAAACCACUUCGUUAUCUGUCUCUGCCACAAUCCAAUCAGCCUUAUUUCCAGCCGAGGCAACACCAGAGAACACGCUAUAUCCGCCACUAGUACCUACCAAGCCGGAAGAAUCGCCCUUUAGUCGCAGGACAUCUUCCAUGGAGGACCUUCAACUACCACCCGAUAUCGAGCCAGAAUUCUUGGUCGAGGAGCUAGUCAAGCAGCUUAAAGAAGCACAGCACGAACUUUGUCGACUCCAGGAUCAAAACAAAGACCUAGCAGACGAGCUCAGUAAUUUGACUGAACAGCUUGCGGACGAGGCCAAGGCGCAUGAAGAUGCAAAAACCUCCUUCAUCAAUGCCCAAAGGGAGAAUAAGUCGAAGGACAUCACGAUCGGAAAAGCCGAGGAUGCCAAUGAUGAUCUCCAAAAGGAGACUGAGGCCCAGCAGAAGAAAAUUCACCAAAUUCUGGAGAAGGCGAGAAGGGUCAGGCAGGAAAAGCGAGAAAACGAUGAAAUGAUCAAUGUGCAACGGGAGAAGUUGGAGGCGUAUGAUCGAGAGGUCAAAGAACUCAAGCAUCGGCUGGCCUCGAUGGGUUCGGAAUUUGCGAGCAUGAAAACAGAAUGUCAUGCGAGGGUGGCAGAGGGAGAAAGGAAGAAUUUGAUUUUACUGGAGCGGCUUCGCAAGGCUAUGCAGACAAAUGAUAUUGCUGAGCAUGCGAUGAUAGAGACUGUGCAGCGUCCCAGCGACACCUGGCCCGGGCUGGACCUUCCGAGCCAAAGCGGGCAGAUCCUUCCAUUCGACACCCAUAAGACGCUGAACGAGGAGUUACAGAAUAGCCUGUAUAGCCUGUCUGAAGGCACAGCGAGCCAGUCGAGUUUAGCGACAUUUUUCGGGCAGCAGGCGCAACCGGAUCGCGAAACAAACUUGACCGGUCUUCCUGAUGCGCCGCCGCUACCCAGCCAAAACCAAGUUCCGGCCGUUGAAGCAGUUGCCGUGGACUGGGGCAAUGCGGAGCAAGCCGCCCAUGCAGGUGUGAUUCCAUUCUUGGGAGACCUCUCGAAUGCGAAUCGAAAGCGGUCGUCGGACUACUGGCAGACAACUGAUGGUUCCCAUGAUGUGGGUAAUGUGUUCUCGCCGGGCAAGAAAAUUUGUGUUGCUCCCGGUCAGCGAAAGCCUGACCCCGAAGCAGAAUAUCUGCGCUCGCUACAAGAGGCGAGCUUUCGAAAGGAUGGCCAGGCCCGCCAGAGCCCGCGACUAUCCAACCCGGUGACCUCGCAGAGUCAUUGGAGCCGAAAUUAUCGGACUGUCGCUGUCCAGACGCUAGAUGAUGUUCCAAAAGCCCAACCGACAGCUACGGUCAUUUCCGUCAAACCGCCGGGCAAGCCUGAAAGAAAGCCGGAGAGCUUCCUGCCACGUGGACCGAACUACUCAGGCCCAAUAUACCUCUCAAAGAAAUAUGACUCGCAUCCUUUGGAAGUUGAACCAUUUCGAACAACACCAAAAGCCUGGACCAACUUGUCGGACCCCAGUGCAUCUGAUGGAAAUGGAGAUGAUCAGCCGCCUGAUUCUGGCAAUUCUCGCAACACUGACAAUGCUGAUACAAGAUCUCUGAGAGUGCGCUUUGUACCUGCCGCGACAACCGCGGAGACGAUCCAAAUGAGGGCCACAGAGCAAUCACCGCUCCCCGCCUGGAUCGAGGUAGUGUGGGCUCUCCUGGUUUUCGGGAUGCUCCUGGUUGUUUGGGCCGAAAUUGGUCGUCUAAUCCGCUGGUGGAAUGGAACCCAGGAAUGGAUGCAUUACAACGAGGUACCCGAGGACGUGCUGAGGAUGGUGCGGGGUAGCAAACCAUCUGGGAUGCGGUGGGUGCAAAAGGUGGAUUAUAGGUUGGCUAGAUUUGUAAACAUAAAAUCCGGCUGGCUUGGGUGAGGAUGCAGGUCCGAGUCUUCGGCCCUGGUGGCACGACAGACUUCCUGAUCAAAUGCGGAGCAAAUGACAUGGAUGUAUAUAGAGGUGCUGAAGGGGUGGGGUUUAUAAUAAGUAUAUAAUUAUUUUAUUCACGACUGAAU